AUGGGAAGAAGUAUGGGAAGAAGUAUGGGAAGAAGUAUGGGAAGAAGUAUGGGAAGAAGUAUGGGAAGAAGUAUGGGAAGAAGUAUGGGAAGAAGUAUGGGAAGAAGUAUGGGAAGAAGUAUGGGAAGAAGUAUGGGAAGAAGUAUGGGAAGAAGUAUGGAGAGCAGAUAUCGUCAAUGCU